UGCCCAUAUUCCUUCCUUUACCAGGGACAGUACAUGGCUUAAUUCUUCUGACCGGCCUCACUCUUAGUCUCUCCUUCCUCAACACUACGUUUCCAUUCUCUUCGACUCUUUGGCCCUUCGUCUCUUCGACCACACAUUCGCUACCUUAAUAUUCCGCCCUUCUCCUUUGACUGUUCCUACUAUUCCUUUCCUUUCCAUCUUUCUUUGAAUCUUCCCAUUUCCUUCGGGAACCCCUUUCUUACCUAGUCAUUUUAGUAUAGCGUCGUCCCGAGCUAGGAGCCGUUCCAACGGUCAACCGUUGCAGAAUAAACCCGCCUUGGCGUUCUUCGUUCCUGGGCCCCUGCUUGUUCAUGCGCACACCUUGCCCCGGGCCGAGGGCCAGCUAAUAAGAAACGAUCGCAUGAAAUCUAGAUAUCCUCCACGAAGGCGGAGUUGGUAGAUCACGAUCUUUUGGGUUUUGUUUCGACCCCAAGACCGACUACUUCCCGGCCACCAUGGAGUCGCUCUUCUCGAGGCUUCUCCGCAUCGUCGCUGGCGCUCUGUUCGUCCUGAUCAUCGCCCACCGCACGUUUCUUUUCCAUCAUGAUGACCCCUACCGCUGUCGUCCGGUGCUCAACUCGGGUUACUGGGCUGAUCCCCCAGACGAGAACGGCAGUCGUGCACCUUUCGAAAACUGGCGAGUCGAUGGCUGCCUCCUUCACCAAUACUCUUCGGAAGACAUCCGUCAGUGCUUCCAAGGCCGUUAUGCCUUGUUUGGUGGCGACUCGACCACGCGCCAGGUCGCCUUUGGUCUCGGUCGUUUGCUCGAACGCGAUGAGGCCGUCUGGCAGCAUAAGCACAUGGACAUCCACCGCUCCUUCAACCUGACAUACCACGGCGUCCAGAUCCAGCAGCACUGGAAUCCUUACCUCAAGAUCGCCGGCGAAGAACCUUACGAGGCUUUCGGUGAGCAGGUCGAACUUAUUGGUCGGGAACACAAGAACCCGCCCACAUCCUUCGACGACCAGGAGGGCCCCGCCCUCGUCAUGCUGGGCGUCGGCGCCUGGUUCACGAAACCGAGCAAUGGCUACGAAGAUCCCGUGGAGGCCGAGGCCGAGACCAUGCGCAACGUCUCCGAUGCCAUUGGCAACAGGCGGGACUGGCUCAGGGAGCCCAUGCAUCCCAUCGAUGGCAUCGGUAACCAGGUCUUCUUCGCUCCGCCAUCUGGACCUUACUACACCGGUGACGACGCCGAGAAACGCAAAGAACGCCUCGCUAUGGGUAGUAAGGUCAAGGAGAUUCAAAACUGGAUGGCCACCGAUAUCUCUGAAGGCGACUAUAACCUCGACCUGGCUUGGGCCCUUGCUGGCACCGUCGAGGACCAGAACGACACCUUUGUUGAUCCCCAUGGCACCGGCUUCCACGUCACUGACGGCGUCGCGGAAACCAAGGCCAACAUCUUGUUGAACCUGCGCUGCAACGCCGUCCUCGACCGCAUCCAGGGGUACCCAUACACUCGCACCUGUUGUACCGACUACGGCAAUAAGAACCUGACACAGACCAUCCUCGUCGCCGCCGGCAUGAUCUACCUAACCGCCUGCGUCCUUUUCGACACUGCCAACCUCGUUGUGACGCGUCAAGGGAAGCCCCGAGUCGGUUGGUCCUGGCUCGGCAUGGACACCGGCGCCUUCGUCAUGGCCGUGCUGAUGUGCUUCUACGCCGACCGCACCCAACUGUUCGCCAAGAAGGAGAAGAACUGGUCGUGGACCGACUUCAUCGUCUUCUCCGUACCCUCUAUCAUCCUCGCCCUCAUCACCAUCCGCAAGUCUAAGCCGCCCCCUCCCCGCCGUGGGGGUGCCGAUAACCCGGCCGCCGUCGACCCGACCAAGCAAGCCGACCAGCCAUUCCUCUCCCGUGAGCAGACCGACGAGUGGAAGGGCUGGAUGCAGGCCCUCAUCCUCAUCUAUCACUGGACCUCGGCCAAACACUCGUCCAGCAUCUACAUUUUCGUCCGCCUUUGCGUCGCCGCCUACCUCUUCCAAACCGGAUACGGACACACCACCUAUUUCCUCAAGAAGAAGGAUUUCUCCUUCCACCGCGUGGCCUCCGUCCUGCUUCGCCUCAACCUUCUCCCGUGUACACUGAUCUACUUCAUGAACACGGACUACAUGUUCUACUACUUCUCGCCGCUGUGUAGCUUCUGGUUCCUCAUCGUCUACCUGACGCUCGCCUUCGUCCUCGCCAAGACCUGCAUCUCGGCCGUGCUGGUCGCUGUCACCAUGCUCGCCACCCCUCUGAACCGCUGGGCCUUCUGGGUCCUGCGAACCGUCUUCCACAUCCAGUGGAGCGUCCAGGAGUGGGAGUAUCGCGUCGCCCUGGACCUCUUCGUUGUCUACACCGGCAUGCUGGCAGCCCUGGCCUACGUCAAGUUGAAGGAGGACGUCCGCGCUCCUCUGCGCUGGGCGAUGGCUCUUCUCGGCUCGGCCGUCAUUGGCGGUUACUCAUACGCCUCCGUGUCCGUGUCCGUCGCCGACUACAGGCACUGGCACCCGUACACCGCCUUCGUGCCCAUUUUUGCUUUCAUCGCCGUGCGCAACGUCUCGGGCCCUUGCUCGCUUGAGACCUACACGCUGCAGUUCCACAUGUUCCUGGCCGCCGAUACCAAGGCCGUCUUGCUCGUCGACGGCCUGUUUGGGGGCGGCGACUACACCAUCUUGGGCGAUCGCUGGCGCUCGCUCGUGGUGGUCGUCCCCGUCUUCAUCUGGGUGAGCUCCAUCACUGCGACGGCGACGGGACAUCUCGUCAAGCUUCUGUUGACUACUCCCACGCCGCCGGACAAUGGCGGACAUCACGCCUCUCCCGACUCAUCGACGGCGGCGGAUCUUGAGAAGAACGAGGAGGGGUUUGAAGACGAUUCGCGUGCUGGUUUGCUUGGUGCUUCUCGAUCCGCCGUCUCGCGAUGGCGCCGCACCAAGUACAUCCCCACCAUGCGGUCCAUUGCCUACUCGCCCCAGGCGCGUAUCGUCCUCAUUUUUCUCAUCAUGUGGUUCCUCAACCUCAUUCAGUCGAUCCCGGAUCGGACUGUCCCUGACGGAUACACUCCGACCAACGCCGUCAAGGCGCAAUCUGGGUGA